GAGUGAGGCAUCAAGCAACAAGCUUUACACCAACCCUCGUUGCGUCUCAGCUGAUAAAUAUCAUCGCGGGGCGCGAGCAGUGGAUGACAGGGCGAGCUGUGAGGAGCACUACCUAGACCGGCCGCUAGAGCAAGCGAAGAAAGCAGAGGAGGAGAGAGAGAGAGAGCCAUGGCGGCCGUCGGCAACACCGUGCCCAACGUCCACAGCGGCAUCGACAGCAGCAACAAGACGCUGCUCAAGAGCGAUGCCCUGUACCAGUAUGUCUUGGACACGUCGGUGCUGCCGCACGAGCCGGAGUGCAUGCGCGAGCUGCGCCUCGUCACGGACAAGCACAAGUGGGGGUUCAUGCAGUCGUCCCCGGACGAGGCGCAGCUGCUGCGGAUGCUGAUCAAGCUGACCGGCGCCAAGAACACCCUGGAGGUGGGCGUGUUCACCGGCUACUCGCUGCUGGCCACGGCCCUCGCCCUGCCCGACGACGGCAAGGUCAUCGCCAUCGACGUCGACCGCGACUGCUACGAGGUGGGCCGCCCGUUCAUCGAGAAGGUCGGCGUGGCGCACAAGGUGGACUUCCGCGAGGGCCCCGCUCUGGAGCACCUCGACGAGCUGCUUGCCGACGAGGCGAACCUGGGCAGGUUCGACUUCGCGUUCGUGGACGCGGACAAGCCCAACUACGUGCGGUACCACGAGCAGCUGCUGCGCCUGGUGCGCGUGGGCGGCACCAUCGUGUACGACAACACGCUGUGGGGCGGCACGGUGGCGCUGCCCCCCGACACGCCCCUGUCGGACCUGGACAGCCGGUUCUCCGUCGCCAUACGGGACCUCAACGCCAGGCUCUCCGCUGACAAGCGCGUCGAGGUGUGCCAGCUCGCCAUCGCCGACGGCGUCACCAUCUGCCGCCGCGUUGUGUGAACACGCGAGCACGCGGCGGCCGUCACGUGCGGUGUGGCGGCUUUAUUCCCACUUUUUUUUUUUUUUGCUGUUCCAGCGUCUCGGUGGUUUCAAUAAGAUUUUAUUUUCUCCUUUUUGCAUGUUGAAGGCGUCAGAUCAUGUGGUUAUUGAAAUGUUAUUGUACUUGUUCUCCCCGAAUUGAAAUAACUACAGCGCAUUACUUA